AUGUUGAAUCAGGCUCUCAUAGAAAGACCGCCGAUCCGAGGCAAAGAACUACGAAAGUUUGCUCCUGGCCAAUUGGAUCAAGCAUUUCGUCUUCACCCGGGCCCCUUGCCAGCUGAAUACACUGCUCUGUUCGCUGCUGCACCUCAGUCCCAAAACACCGGAAAUCGUACAGGGAAUACGGGUCAGCCACCGGAUACAUCGAAUUCCGGUCUCUGUGCUAGUUCCGGAUCUCGUCUCCCGGCCACUGCCGCUCCUGGUCUUAGUGGUAUGGGAAACUCCUAUCCCCCGCGCCGCCGUAGACGUUACGAAGCUGCUCGUGGUAUUUCCGGGAACCCCAGCAGUUCAGGCGGCGCGGGGUUAAUAUCCAAUACGUUUGGUUCUUCUGGACAUCCGGCACAUCCAUUUUUCCCCGGCCCUCCUCCACCGGCUCCUGCCUCGGCUCUGGUUGCUCAUGGUCAAAUACCGUCAGCACCACCGUCCUCGUCUUCAUCUACACCGUCCAAUUUGCAGUCCUCACACGCACAUACCCACUUACCACAUCCGCCGCACAUGGCUCCGACGAGUGCUACUACACCAGCCGCCUCGGCACAACUUCCUAACUCUGCUUUGGUGGUCGAUACUGGUUCAGGCCCCACUAGUAAUCGACCAGUGGUCGAUUUACCUCCCGGUUUGAUACCAGUAUCUGCCCCGGUCCCUGCGACACAAUUUUCAAACAGCUCGUCAUCGGAUCAAUCCACCGCCCCACCUCCACCACCCCCGCCACCGCCAUUGUUGGCACCAGUUCAUGGCUCCGCGGUUCCACUCAAUCCCCGUACCAGCGCCAGCGCCAACACCAACUAUCCCAGCUCGGACACAUUAGGCUCCUAUUCCAGCCAACCGCAGCAACAGCAAAAUAUUCCCGCACCGCCUUUGCUACACUCCAUUCACCCACAAACGGUCACCUCGGCUUCACCGGGUACAGCUUCUCAACACCACUAUCACCAGCAGCAGCAGCAGCACCAUCACCACCAUCAUCAACAUCAUCAUUAUCAAUUUGGUUCUGGUCACAUGCCUAUGCAGAGUACGGACGCACAACCAUACGGUCGUUGGUCUUCACCAGGUCGCGGUGGUUCUACUGGUGGCGCUGCUGGUGGUGGUUCCAGUCCACCGUCACCCGAUGCCUAUCGUGCUCGCCAUUCUGAGAGUGGUUUGGACGCAGAAAGGCGUAACAGCAAGAAGAAGCGAAAAGACAAGAAACGGCGUAAAGAACGCGAAUGA